UGUUUCCUGUUUCGUCAGACCGCCCUAGCUCGGCUAACCCUAGUAUCUUCAGCGACCAGCCGACCAGUGAAGCGUUCAGGAGUGCACUCAUAAUCUCCGACUUGGACCAAUCGUUAGAAAAGGUUGCCGGAGAAGGCGUCGCUAGGGUUCCGACUAAGAUAAGCUUCUCUACGCCGAGCCGUUUCGUCUAUUUCGCUCAGUUAUUGUUUGGGGAAUGGUUUUUAUUUUUUAAGGUACUAGAGAUCUGACCUCUACAGCAAAUGGCUACUUUUUCGAAGCCCGAAAAUGCCUUGAAGCGUGCUGAAGAGUUGAUUAAUGUUGGGCAAAAGCAAGAAGCGCUUCAAGUUCUUCAUGAUUUUAUUACCUCGAGGAGGUACAGGGCAUGGCAAAAGACGCAUGAAAGAAUAAUGUUCAAGUAUGUAGAGUUAUGUGUUGACUUGAGAAGGGGAAGGUUUGCAAAGGAUGGUCUGAUUCAAUAUCGAAUUGUCUGCCAGCAAGUUAACAUUAACUCUCUUGAGGAGGUGAUAAAACAUUUUAUGCAUCUUGCUUCUGAAAGAGCUGAAUUGGCACGCAACCAGGCACAAGCUCUCGAAGAAGCUUUGGAUGUGGAAGAUUUGGAGGCUGAUAAGAGGCCUGAAGAUCUGAUGUUGAGUUUUGUUAGCGGAGAGAAAGGAAAAGACAGAUCUGAUCGUGAACUUAUUACCCCCUGGUUUAAAUUCUUGUGGGAAACAUACAGAACUGUGCUGGAAAUAUUGCGAAACAAUUCUAGACUUGAAUCCUUGUAUGCUAUGACUGCACACCGUGCUUUCCAGUUUUGCAAGCAGUACAAACGCACAACAGAGUUUCGUCGUCUGUGUGAAAUCAUAAGAAACCAUCUCGUUAAUCUCAACAAGUAUAGAGAUCAAAGGGACCGCCCGGAUCUGUCUGCUCCAGAAAGUUUGCAGUUGUAUCUGGAUACAAGAUUUGAACAGCUAAAAGUUGCCACAGAACUUUGUCUAUGGCAGGAAGGUUUUCGUUCUAUUGAAGACAUAUAUGGAUUGAUGUGCCUAGUUAAGAAAACACCUAAACCAUCUUUGAUGGUUGUUUACUAUGCCAAGCUUACUGAAAUAUUUUGGACGUCAUCCAGUCAUCUCCAUCAUGCAUAUGCGUGGCUCAAGCUUUUCUCACUCCAAAAAAGCUUUAAUAAAAACUUAAGCCAGAAAGAUUUACAGUUGAUAGCAUCCUCUGUUGUUUUAGCUGCACUUUCGGUGCCCCCAUAUGAUCAGACAUAUGGUGCAUCUCAUUUUGAGCUUGAGAAUGUGAAAGAACAGAGCUUAAGGGUGGCUAAUCUGAUUGGAUUUGAAGUUGAAGGCAAAGCUGAGAGCAAAGAAGUGCUUUCCCGGUCAUCACUUCUGUCAGAGCUGGUGUCCAAAGGUGUAAUGACAUGUGUCACACAAGAGGUGAAAGAUCUUUACCAUAUAUUAGAAUAUGAGUUUCUUCCUCUGGAUCUUGCAAUGAAAGUACAACCUUUGUUGAGCAAAAUCUCCAAACUUGGAGGUAAGGUGUCCUCAGCUUCAUCUGUCCCAGAACUGCAGUUGUCCCAGUAUGUUCCUUCCUUGGAAAAGCUUGCAACUUUAAGGUUGCUGCAGCAGGUAUCUCAGGUGUAUCAAACAAUACAGAUUGAUAGCCUAUCUAAAAUGAUCCCUUUCUUCGACUUUGUUGUUGUUGAGAAGAUUUCUGUGGAAGCUGUUAAACACAACUUCAUAGCCAUGAAAGCUGAUCAUAUGAAGGGUGCUGUAUUUUUUGGAAAGCAGAAUAUUGAAUCCGAAGGACUUCGGAAUCACUUAUCCACUCUGACCGAGUCCCUAAGCAAGGUGAGAAUAAUGAUUUAUCCUCCCAUGAAUAAAGCAGCAAAACUUGGGGAAGCACUCUCGGGUUUGACAGAGGUUGUUGAGAAGGAGCAUAAGAGACUUCUUGCACGAAAGUCCUUAAUUGAAAAACGCAAGGAAGAGCAAGAGCGUUUACUAUUGGAAAAGGAACGUGAGGAAGAAUCAAAGAGGUUAAAACUACAAAAGAUAGCUGAAGAAGCUGAGCAGAAAAGGCUUGCAGCUGAGUUUGAGCAGAGAAAAAAUCAGAGGAUCCUGAGGGAAAUUGAGGAGAGGGAACUUGAAGAGGCCCAAGCUUUGUUGGAAGAAACUCAAAAAGGUGCUAAGAAGAAGGGGAAGAAAGUACUUCCGGAGGGGGAAAAAAUAACUAAACAGACUGUGAUGGAAAUGGCCCUGAGUGAGCAACUCAGGGAGAAACAAGAAAUGGAGAAAAAACUUCUGAAGUUUGCCAAAACUAUGGAUCAUUUGGAGAGAGCUAAAAGAGAAGAGAAUGCUCCUCUUAUAGAAGCUGCGUAUCAACAGCAUUUAGCUGAGGAGGCUGCUCUUCAUGAACGGGAGCAACAGCAAGAGGUGGAACUAAGCAAACUACGACAUGAUGGUGAUCUUGAAUUGAAGAGGAGGCUGAGUCGGAUGUUGGAAAAUAAGAAAAUUUUUGAGGCUAGAGUUGUCAGUCACAGGGAGUCUGAAUUCAACAGACUGAGGAAGGAGAGACAGGAAAGAAUGAACCAGAUUAUCGAGACGGGGAAGCAGCAGAGGGAGGCUAGUAGAAAGAUGAUUUUCUUUUUGAGAUCUGAGGAGGAGCGCCUCAAAAAGUUGCAUGAAGAGGAGGAAGCUCGGAAGCUUGAAGAAGCGGAGAGGCGCAAGAGAGAGGAAGCUGAACGCAAGGCCAAAUUGGAUGAGAUUGCAGAAAAGCAGAGGCAACGAGAGUUGGAGCUGGAUGAGAAAGAAAGGAAAAGAAGAGAAGAGGUCUUGGGAAAAUCCAAGGUUGUUCCAGCUGCUGGGCCAACUGUACCUUUGACUGUAUCACAUCCGACCGAGGCGGGUGCUACUGCUGGCCCCACCUCUCCCGCUGCUGCUGCUGCUGCAGCUGCACCUGCAGCUACUAACAAGUAUGUGCCUAGGUUCAGACGGACGGCAACGGAAGGCGCAGGCCAGGCACCCCCUCCAGAAAGCGAGAGGAGGGGUAUUAACAGCGGUAGGUCAGAUGACCGGGCGUCUGAGAGAUGGGGUGGCAGCAGGCCAGAUGACAGAGCACCUGAUAGGUGGCGUGAUGAUCGUGAUCGUAGACCUGCGUUUGGAAGCUCUAAGCCCGGUACUUGGUCUUCCUCUAGGAGCCGAGGUGAAAGGUGAGACCUUUCUCGAGGAUUUAGAUGCCAGAGUAUUUUUCAUUAAGCACCAUGGAAUGAUACUUCCUUCCUGAACAAAAUCUUGAGUUGUUUGAUUCUUUAAUCCCAGAUUUAUUAUUUAUAGAGUUUUGGUAAUAUAAAGUGAUUUGGAUGGUUCUUAAUCUGUAAUGGAGACUAUUUUGUAUUAUAGCUUGAUUGUGGUUAAGUGGU